AUGGUUUCGCAAGCAAAACAGCCUUCGAACGCUACGUUCAAGAACCGUGAAAAGCCACAGGAGGUGCGUAAAGCUAAUAUCAUUGCAGCCCGUGCUGUUUCCGAUGCAAUUCGUACGUCUUUGGGACCUAAAGGUAUGGAUAAGAUGAUCAAGACGUCGAGGGGCGAUGUUAUUAUUUCCAACGAUGGGCACACGAUCUUGAAACAGAUGGCUAUUUUGCACCCUGUAGCGAAGAUGCUUGUGGAGGUUUCUGGUGCGCAGGAUGUGGAGGCCGGUGAUGGUACUACUUCGGUGGUCAUUAUCACUGGAGCUCUUUUAGGUGCAGCUGAAAAAUUAUUGAACAAGGGCAUCCAUCCCACUAUAAUUGCCGAAUCUUUCCAAAGAGCAGCUGAAAGAUCGGUCGAGAUCCUUUUGGAUAUGUCUACGAAGAUUUCUUUGGAUGACAAGGAGGCGUUGGUGCGUGCCGCCAGCACCUCGUUGAGUUCCAAGAUUGUGUCCCAGCAUUCGUCUUUCUUGGCUCCAUUGGCUGUGGACUGUGUGUUGAACAUUGCUUCCCACGACUCCACCAAUGUGGAUUUGAAUGACAUCCGUUUGAUCAAGAAAGUGGGUGGUACCAUUGAUGAUACCCAAAUGGUGAAUGGUGUCGUUUUGACCCAGAAUGUCGCCAAAAGUGCCGGCGGACCAACCAGAAUUGAAAAGGCCAGAAUCGGUUUGAUCCAGUUCCAAAUAUCCCCUCCAAAGCCAGAUACCGAAAACAACAUUGUUGUUAAUGACUACAGACAGAUGGAUAAGAUCUUGAAGGAAGAAAGAGCAUACUUGUUGAACAUUUGUAAAAAGAUCAAAAAGGCAAAGUGUAACGUUUUAUUGAUUCAAAAGUCUAUCUUGAGAGACGCAGUUAACGAUCUUGCAUUGCAUUUCCUAUCAAAGUUGGGAAUAAUGGUUAUCAGAGAUAUUGAAAGAGAUGAAGUCGAAUUUUUGUCCAAGAGUUUAGGUUGUAAGCCAAUUUCUGACAUCGAAUUGUUCACCGAAGAUAGACUAGGAUCUGCUGAUGUCGUUGAAGAAGUCGAAAGUGAUGGUUCGAACAUCGUCACAAUCACCGGUGUCAAAUCCACUAACACUAACCCUACCGUGUCUGUUGUCAUUCGUGGUGCCAACAACAUGAUCUUGGAUGAGACAGAACGUUCCCUACAUGAUGCACUAUGUGUUAUCCGUUGUUUGGUGAAGGAAAGGGCAUUGAUCGCCGGUGGUGGUGCCCCAGAAAUCGAGGUAUCGUGCCGUCUAAUGAAGGAAGCUCGUGCCCUAGAAGGUGUAGAGGCAUUUGUUUGGCAAGAGUAUGCACAAGCAUUGGAAGUUAUUCCAACAACACUAGCGGAAAAUGCAGGUCUAAACAGUUUAAAUGUUGUCACCGAAUUACGUUUAAGACAUGAGAACGGUGAAUCAAACGCAGGUAUCUCAGUAAGACGUUCUGGAACUACAAAUACUUACGAUGAUCAUAUUCUUCAACCGGUCCUAGUAUCUACCAGUGCCAUAAGAUUGGCCUCAGAAUGUGUCAAGUCAAUCCUACGUAUUGAUGAUAUUACAUUUAGUCGCUAA